CCAUGGUUGGCUCGUAUUAUGGAACAACUUCGUAAUAGAAGAGCCUCUUUCCUCACAAAAGGCGGGAAAAUCCUACCUCCUUUGCUGGAUUCUGGAAUUUGUAGUCCUUUACGUGACGCGUCACUGACGUCGUCACGUAUUAAUCAACUACAAAUCCCAGAAAGCGACUGACAGCGAGCGUUCGUUCGUGGACAUCGCUUGUGUUUUGGUUUGUAUUAGUGAACGGAGUUAGCUAGCUGCAAACAAUUAAUGGUCGAAACGCGCGUACAACGUUUUGCGCGUUCAUAUCGUCACGCUUUUCUGACACUGUAACCUAUUACGAAUGUGAGAAACAAAUGGUGAAAAUUUGACUCGCUGUCUAUCUGGCAUUUAUAAAGAAAGAGCCAUUUAUAUCGACUCCGUAGAUGAAAGAGUUAGCUUGUCCCUAGCUAGCUAGCGCGGCCGUGUCCUAAAUGGUUCCCCUGCAUUGUUAAAGUUCACUAGGUAGUCCGUAAACCACCGUUGUUGUGAUAGCACAUUGAGAGCACGUAUAUAGGGAGUACGCAGAGAUUUGGGGUUCGGCUUGAAGUCUCUCUCCCAUGCCCUCUGAAGAGGCUUUUUGGAACUCGGUAACACUGGACUGGUUUUUCUCGCACUCCGGCUGGUCUUUUCUUCCUUUCAUGAUGAUGAUGAUUUUAGUUUUUGCUGCUUUUAUGGUCGCCUUUGUCUUGUUUCUCUACAUGAUAUCGCCUUUAAUAAGCCCCAAACCGCUCAAACUCAAUGGGGCCCAUGUCGUGGUGACGGGGGGCAGCAGCGGGAUCGGGAAGUGCAUAGCCAUGGAGUGCUACAAACAAGGAGCUUUCAUCACAUUGGUGGCGCGCGAUGAGGGUAAACUGGUGCAGGCGAAGAAGGCGGUGGAGAAGUGUGCCGUAAACGAUAAACAGGUGGUGCUCUGCAUCUCAGUGGACGUGUCGAAAGAUUACAGCCAGGUGGAGAGCGUGCUCAAACAGGCUCAGGAGAAGUUGGGGCCGGUGGACAUGCUGGUGAACUGCGCAGGGACGGCCGUGUCAGGGAAGUUCGAGGAGCUCGGGGUCCAACACUUCCAGAGUCUGAUGGAGGUGAACUACCUGGGCAGUGUGUAUGCCACGCGGGCUGUGAUCAGCAACAUGAAGGAGCGGCGGAUGGGCCGCGUGGUGUUCGUGUGUUCUCAGGCCGGGCAGCUUGGACUCUUCGGCUACACGGCGUACUCCGCCUCCAAAUUUGCCCUGCGUGGCCUCGCCGAAGCUCUGCAGAUGGAGGUGAAGCCGUAUAACAUCUAUGUGACGGUAUCCUACCCUCCCGACACCGACACGCCGGCGUUAGCUGAGGAGAACAAGAUGAAGCCUUUAGAGACGAAGCUGAUCUCGGAGACGUCCGGGGUGUAUCAGCCUGAGCAGGUGGCGAAAGUCAUCGUUAAAGAUGCCAUGUUGUGUGUGUGUUGCGUGGUGCAGCAGGGGAACUUCAGCAGCUCCGUAGGUCCUGACGGCUACAUGCUGUCUGCGCUCACCUGCGGCAUGUCGCCCGUCACAUCCAUCACCGAGGGGCUGCAGCAGGUACACGCCUGUCACUCUCUCACACCUGUCUCUCUCAUACACUUGUACGUGUACCGAAUGACAUCGGUCAUAAACAGCUGUGUUCUGGGUUCAGAUUGUGACCAUGGGGCUGUUCCGCACCAUCGCACUCUUCUACCUGAGCAGCUUCGACAGCAUCGUACGCCGCUGCAUGAUCCAGAGGGAGCAGAGCAAAGCGUCCGACAAGACGGAGUAACGCCCGCGCUUCCUGCCGUUCCACCUUCACUGCUCGACCUGGACACACACACACGUUACAUCCUGAUACACCCCAUCGCAUAACACAUUUUGUCUGGGUCAACGUAGGGCGGAGCUUAAGCUACGUUUGAUCAGCCAAUGAGCGUUUAGUUUACUUUAGUUAAGCCACUUUAACUAACUAACGUUCGCUUAGCUACGAUUAACGAUUCCCUCUCCAGCAGUAGCUAAACCUAUCACAAAUAAGCUAACUAUUGAACAGGCUAACACUGAGGUUAACAGUUUUAUCGACUUUGCUAGCUAUUUAACAUCAAAGUGUGGCGCGUAUUUACCGGAUCGAACGAGUUUAGCAACGUUAGCUAAGCGCCGUGCUAAUAUUAGCUUGAUUUUGUUUACAGUCCAAUGUCGAAUGGAUACCACAGAUUAGCCAAAGCACCUCAAUGUUCGGAAGCUGACUACUCGGCUAGAUUUAGCCGCUGGAGAGUUAACCUAAAAUUAGCGAAUGUUGCUCAAUACGGUGCACAAGAUCCACAAGUAUAAUAGUUUCGCUAUCCUAAACGAUUAAAUCUUCAUCAACAGAUUUUUUUUUUUUGUUAAACGUCAAAUACGAUAAAUACAUCAAUGUGGUGUUUGCUAGCCAACCUAGCUAUUGGUUUUAAUUACAUGACAAAAGAGCUAGCCAAAUUUAGCUAGCUUGCUAGUUAGUGGAUUUAAAUGUUUUUAAUCACGCAACAGUUGUACAUACAGUAGUAUAUACAUGCAAGCUAAUGUCUGGCUAGCUGUUUUAUUUGUGUAAUUAUGAAUUGUAGCGUCAAUAUAAAUUCUCAUAAAUUGUAUCAAUUGUGCGGUCCUUCAGCACGCUAGCUAACUUCAGGUUUGUGCAAUUCAAACAGCUAAAAUUUUUCAGUUAGCUAGCGUUGGACUACAUAAGAUUUUGUUUUGGAACACUAGCAUUGUUUGCUAGCAAGCGAUUCUACUUUGCGCACAAUUACGGUGAUGUCAUGUGAUCGAUUUACCUUAAGCUCCGCUCUUAUUACAUGCCGUAACGAUUUUUUUUAGCACGUCUUUGUAAGUGGAUUAUCUUCGCAGGCGAGGAUAGAUAAAUGUUUAUCGUUCCAAUCUCAGACAAACUCGCUCACCUUUCCCAUCAUUGUCGUUUAUUGGUUAAAAGAUAACUUCCUGAACUGCGUCCGCCAUUUUUGCCUUAUCCUCGAUUCUCUGUGCAGGCGUCCUGAUGGAGAUGUUUGAUGUACGCGAGACUCGCUGGUUCGAGUUCUUCCCUUUGGUAACAGGAAGAGCUAGCAUGUUUAGCCCUGACCUAGAAGGAGGGGGAGGGAAUGAAGAACAUGUUUUUAGCAUCCAUGCUAGCUGUUGAAAAGCAGGACAGCACUGCGUGUGCUGAAACCUACACAAAUCGAGCGAAUCCCUGCGUUUCGGUCUUUAUAACGUGCCCUUGUUCGUUAGCGAUUAGCAGGGAAAACGCUCGACACUGAAGUGACUUCCUUGGAGAAUUUCUUUCAGUUUUCAGUUCGACUUCUAUGUAGCUUGCUAACUAUCUAGCAACGAAACACCGUCUGCACUCGUCGACUUGCUGUCGCAGCUACGAAGCGUGUAGCAAUUAGCAGGACGUCGAUCACGCUUGACGUCGACGCAAAUAUCUUCCGUUUUCACUGACUUCCCAAGUACUGCCUAAAUAGCUAACCAGCUAGCACACUAUCUGGCUGCCCUGCUAGCUACUUAGCAUGCUAAUUAACCAACAAACUCAACCCUGAAGCCGGACACUCAAUGUGAAAGAAAUUGAGCGUAAAUCUCUAAAGAUCUCCAACUGAUUGUUCGUGUUGUCCUUCACACUCGACAGCCAUGUUAUAUUGGCUUGCUAACCAGUCGUUAGCUUAUCCGACUGUCAUGCUAGCUAUCUAGCGUAAAAAAAAAAAACCCCAUCAGCUUACUAGUUAGACCGAAUAAGUUUCACCAGCUGUAACGAGCAAACAUAGGACUUGUUACGUUAAAGAAACCAUACGAAUAGCGCAAGACGGCGCAAUUUAGCACUAACAUUUUUUUAUUAUUAUUAUUAUUAUUAGCUACCAUUUAGCGAUUCAGCCAUAGCAAGUGAGACGCUCCGGUCAUGCAGAACUCAUUUUAAAGCCUUAAGAGACAAUCGGUUCAGCCAGAUUUAUUGUUUCAUCGUAGCCUCCUCGCAAUCAGCUGCGGUUUUUGCGUUAUUUGCUAGGUUUUUUCUGUUUGUUUUUUUUUUUUUAUUUUCUGUUUUUUGCAAUUCAAGGCGCCUUAAGUAUGAAAGUGAGGACGCAUGAGUCGCAGCGACGAUGUUCUCAUUUGACGUCGGCUCGAGGCACGGUUAAGGUUAACUAUCGCUCUUCCGUUCCACAAUAAGGCAGAGUAGCUAACACGCUAGUUUUUAACCGAUUAACGGUUUAACACUAUGUUCGUCACUCGCAACAUUCAUCGUACGCACUUCCGAGUAUUUGAAAGGAGGCUGCGUAGGUAGUCUGAUGAGACCUGGACAACAUCCGAGCAUAAACACAGCUAUCUUUUAAGGAUUUUGUUUUAAAAUUGUAAAGACGGACAGCGCUGUGACUCGGAAUAAAGAACAACUUUUUUUUUUUUUUUUUUAACAACACAUUCCUACAUCUGAUCAAUGACCUUUCUUUUCAGUCGUUAAAGCUAUGCAAACGAAGCAUGUACAUUUAAAACCGGUUUUCACCUCCAUGCUAGGACUUAGCUCUUUUCUUGUUGUUUGAUGUUAAGAAUUGUUUAAAUGUCUCAGUUAAUAUAAUUUAACGGUAAUUUAAGUAACGUAAAAAAACACAAACAGCUUGGACACAUUCCUCUUGUCUUUCGGUUGUUGUGACGAAAAGAAAAAAAAAAAUAUUCACCUUGUGUGCCAUUUAAAAAAAAACAAACAAAAAAAAAACAAACAAACCCAAAAGUUGUUGUUGCUACGUGUUAAUUUCUUACAUGAUCAAAUAAAAUGUUUUGGAGAGUUGGUACCAUUUGUUUCUUCGCAUUUUUACGGCAAGAAGAAGAUGUGAUAUGUGAAGAUAUGUUAAAUAAAUAUAGUUCCGUUACUGUAAAGUUAUUAACGAGGCUCAAAGUCCACUAGGUGUCUCGCGUCAAAGCCGUUUCCUCGCGUCUGCCAUUAUUCAUAAGUUUUAAUUAUUGGUAUUCAUAGUUAUUCAUAAGCUGCUUUGACUGCCUGUCUAAUAUUCAAAUCAGGGGCAGAAAAGAUGAAAGGGCUCGGGUGCAUUUAUAUAAAAAAAAUUUUAAAAAGCAGAACCGAAACUAAAUCUGAACCAUUUAAAAAAAAAAAAAAAAAAAAAAAUCAGUUUCUCUCAGCUACUGUAUUGUGUCGUACACGAGUCAAUUACAACAUCGGAAACAAAAAAAGAAGUCAACUCGUUAUGAUAAUAAUGAGUCUUUAUUUAUCUCACAUACAUUACAGCAGUGAAAUUCUUUUCUUCACAUAGCAAAUAUUAUGCAAAUUAGCUCAUUAAUACCAGCUAUACACAUACAUAUAUUUAUUAAUUAUUCAAUAUGACGUCCAGUGCUACUG